AGUCAAGUCAAAACAGAUGAAAUUAAGGUCACGUCACAAGUCACGAGUGAAAAACAAAAGAAAAAGUCCAGAACUCACAAAUGACAAAUGUCACAUUGUUUUUCACAACAAAAAUAAUAUACUAAGAAAACAUCUGGAAAUUCUUUCUUUAAAGCAAUAUUGUUUCUUUGAUUAUUAACAUUAAGGAAUGUCUUGUAAUGGAAUGAAUAUAGAAAUUCUAUAAAAGGUUAAAGAUGCUUCAAAGUAAAUGUCAUCAUUCGAAUGCAUUACCCUUCGAGACGUGCUCAUUCUGUAAUUCCGCAGCUCCAGAGACACUGCUGGAAAUUUGUUUUGAUUAUAUUAACAAACAUCUAGAAACUAUCUGCAAGUAUGAUUCACUAUCAGGAGAUCUGACAUUGAUGAAUGGGCUGGCUCUGCCAGUAGAAAUUUGUGAACGUUUGUUAGAUGUCAGAUGUAAUAGUUUAACACCUGUUAAUUCAAAUUUCAUCAAUAUAUUCAAAAACACUGAGUGCACUAGGCUGAAACGGGUCAGAUUAAGGAAAUCCAAGAUACAGGACCGCGACUUGGAAAUUUUACUCCAACAUAAGUUAAUAGAACUAGAUAUAUCGCAAAGUCCAGAUCUUACAUCAAAUUGUAUAAAAUACAUAACCGAACAUGGGUCAAGUCUCUUGUCGCUUAGUAUAGGGGAAAACACAUCAAUUUUUCCAAAUGAAAUCUAUGGCGAACCCAAAUUUAAUGAGGAACAGUUCAACCAAGGAUUUAUAUUCUUAGCACCCUCUCUUAAAAAAUUAUCUCUCAGAGGUCUCAAUUCGCUACAGCCAGCUUUUUAUAUGCAGUUGUUGAACAAUCUGUCAAAUUUAACCUAUUUGGAUUUAUCGAGUUGCGGCGAUUUACAUAACUUCACAUAUGCAACACAUCUCGUUAACUUGACCUCUCUUAUUUUAUACAAUGUAGAUGCUAUUGAUAAAAUGGUACCUGCAAUUUGCAAAUUAGUUAACCUAAGACACUUAGAUAUAUCCCAGUCUAGAGACGAACAUGGUAAAUAUGACAAAGGAAAUAAAAUAUUGAAAACUAUUGUUGAAAGCCUUCCAAAACUGACUUCUUUGGAUAUUUCUGGAACUAAUUUGGCUGGAAGAGGAGUUGCUGAAACAAUGAAUGGAUAUGUUUCUGAUAUACCUGGCUUAAGUUCAAGAGUCAAUAAUCCAUUUCAAUAUUUGGGACUGUACGAAACUUCUCAUGAUGCUUGUUUGAGACAUGACAUACCUGCAAAACUGAUUGCUGGCAAUGCUAAUGAGGACCAGAUUUUGGUUGCAGCACUUGCAUACUUAGAUAGAACAGACAUGUUACAAAAAGUUAUGAAUGAGCUUUUUCAUUUAUUUAGAUUUGAAAAUAUUGUCCAUGUAGGCCAGGCUCUUAAUGUUGUUCUGGAAGCUAUGGGAAGACAUUUACAUGAAAGACAUAUUCAAAUAUCUGGAAGUGCUACAUUAUUUUACAUUGUGAAAAGUACUGAGAGAGAAUUGCAUAAUGAUGUUAAUGUCAAACGUAAAAUCAUAACAACACUGUUGAAUGGUAUGAGUGCUCAUAGAAGAGAUGACACAAUGAUGAGAAAUGGAUGUUUAACCCUGUGUCAGUUCAAGAUACCUGUAGAUGUUCUUUUUGAUUAUGAACGGCUCGUCAACAUACUUUUGCAUUCUGUAGAUGGAAUGGCCCAGGAAAGUUUUGUACAAAGGAUUGGAAUAUACUUACUGAAUUCCUUGGCUUGUCAAGUAGACGGAACUCAAAAAGUGAAGCUCGGUGAACUGGGAGCUAUAGAUAAAAUGAUAUGGCUAAUAAAAGAAAGACUGGAGAGAGGAAUCUGCGAUGACGUUCUAGAAGUAGCCUGGUCUACCAUGUGGAAUGUUACUGAUGAAACACCCGAGAAUUGCAGAAAAUUUCUGAAAUUGGAAGGAAUGCAGCAUUUUUUGUUAUGUCUUGAGAAAUUUCCUGAUAAAGAAGAACUGCUUCGCAACAUGAUGGGAUUGUUAGGAAACGUAGCCGAAGUAAAAGAGCUCAGGCACUAUUUGAUAACUCCAGAGUACUUAUCAGUGUUUUCCAGACUGCUAGAUUCUAGAAGCGAUGGAAUUGAAGUUAGUUAUAAUGCAGCCGGAGUAAUUUCGCAUAUUGCUUCUGAUGGCCCUGAAGUAUGGAAUGUAACAGAACCUUCUAGAGCGUAUGUUCUGAAAAAAAUGGUGUCAGCGAUAGAUCGAUGGAAUAUUAAUUCUCAAAGAAACAUAAACUACCGGUCAUUUGAACCAAUUCUGUAUCUGGUGCAAGUUUAUCACACGCCGGAAUGUCAACAAUGGGCAGUGUGGGCUCUAGCGAACUUAACAAGAGUUUAUCCUGAGAAGUAUUGUACUUUAGUAGAAAAAGAAGGCGGUCUGAGAUUGCUUCAGGAAUUAUUACUUCAGAGAGCUCCUUCUUUCAGACUAAGAGAGUUGGCUGCUAUUGUUUUACAAAACUGCAGAACAUACCAGCAAGACAACUGGCGAGUUAUUGUGGAGGCACUGGAAGGAUGAGUUUUUUGUAAUCUAAUUUAUCAAUAACUGCUGAAAUACUCAUCAGAGCAAUGUAAAAUUCAUUUGUGAUUAUAUUUUUUCACACAAAUACUGACAUACCAGCAUGGUUUAUGCGGACUGUUAUUUUUUAUUUAAUUGUAAAUAAUAAUUUACAGACUUUAUUUGUAACUGUACCUAUUUUGUCUUAUUUUCUUUUGAAUAGAGUAAUUUGUGAUUUUUAUUUAUGCAAUAAAGAUAUAUUUAUUACUAA